CUCCCAAUUUUUAUUUUUCAAAAUCAGAAAAAGAUGGAGUUAGGCUCCAAUGCUUUCAAGAUUGAAGAAGCCACCAUUAAAGAAAUCCACCAAGCAUUUGCUACAAACAAACUCACAUCAAGAAAUCUCGUUGACUUUUACCUUCACCAAAUUGAAACCCUUAAUCCUCUGCUUCGCGGCAUCAUUGAAGUUAACCCUGACGCUCAGGAGUUAGCUGAUGAGGCUGAUCGAAAGAGAGCUAAUAGUAAUAAAGAUGGAAUUUUUUUAGGGGACUUACAUGGAAUACCUGUACUUGUUAAGGACACGUUUGGGACAAAAGAUAAGUUGAAUACUACUGCUGGUUCUUAUGCUUUGUUGGGAUCUGAAGUGCCACGAGAUGCUGGAGUUGUGGAGAAGUUGAGAAAAGCAGGUGCUAUUGUUUUGGGGAAAGCAAGUAUGAGUGAAUGGUAUAAGUUUCGUUCGCUAAGUGGAGUUCCUAAUGGCUGGUGUGCUCGAUCUGGACAAGGAGUGAAUCCUUAUUGUCCGUCUGGAUCCCCAUGUGGGUCGAGUAGUGGCUGUGCAAUUUCUGUGGCUGCAAAUAUGGCGGCUGUUUCUCUAGGGACUGAGACUCACUGCUCCAUCAUCUGUCCAGCAGAUCAUAAUUCAGUUGUUGGGCUGAAACCUACUAUUGGGCUCACAAGUCGGGCAGGAAUCAUACCAAUGACGCCCCUUUGGGACACUGUUGGGCCUAUAUGCAGGAAUGUUAGCGAUGCAGUUUACAUGCUUGAUGUGAUUGUUGGAUCGGAUCCAAGAGAUGAAGUUACCAUGGAAGCAGCUAAAUAUAUUCCUGAGGGUGGCUACAAACAGUUUCUCAAGGAUGAUAAUCUGGAAGGAAAGCGAAUAGGCAUUGUCAGACAUCCAUUUGUGGAGAUGAUCCAUGAAGCAAUUGAAAAAUCAUCUUUUGAGCAUCACCUGGAUUUGUUAAGACAACAAGGAGCAACUCUGGUGGACAACCUGAGCAUACCACAUAUUGAAGAGAUAAUGGAUUCAAGUCACAGCGGUGAACUGUUGGUGAUGAUGGUUGAAUUCAAGAGCUCGAUCAAUGCUUAUCUGAAAGAGCUGAUCACUUCUCCUGUCAGGUCAUUGGCCGACAUUAUUUCUUUUAAUGAGCGCAACUCUGAGCUGGAGAAACUUGCAGAGUAUGACCAACAUACUUUUAUAGAAGCUGAGAAGACAAAUGGAUACGGGGAGCAUGAAAAGGAGGUAGUAGAGAAGUUGAAAAACUUGUCACAAAAUGGAUUUGAGAAAAUGAUGAAGGACCAUGAACUUGAUGCAAUGGUCGCGCCUGGUUCACGUGCCUCCCCUGUUUUUGCUAUUGGUGGCUAUCCAGCAGUAACUGUUCCAGCCGGCUAUGAAAGUGAUGGCAUGCCCUUUGGGAUCUGUUUUGGAGGGUUAAAGGGUACUGAACCAAAGCUGAUUGAAAUUGCCUAUGCCUUUGAACAAUCUAGCAAAGUGCGACGACCUCCUUCUGUAGUUUAAUAUUGGUUUGCCCUGAGAAAUAAGAGUACAGUUGGAAAUGAGGAAAGUAACGAAUUUGCGUGUGCAGCUAAUGGUUCAUUGUACCAUGACUACCAGGCCAUUGGCAAUGUUGAACUAACAUAAAAGAGUGCUUUUUUGUUUUACUGCCCAAUGUCUAAGUUGUAGUCAAAGUAGUUUCUUCAACUUUGACCAUUUGAGCUCACAUUGUUUCCUUAUUGUUUUUUCAAUUUCAGAGACAUUGUUUCUCACUUACUGUAACCCGAACUAAAUUGUUUACUCUCUACUUACCUAAUUGAGGAUUUUUUUCUUUUA